CUUUGGCCAUAGCCCUAUCUCCAACAUGACGAUACAAUCUUCAAUCGCCGUUUCCUUCCUCUUAUGCAUCUUCUUCCAAGUCCUUUUAUCUACAGGCGUCACCGCCUACAGUCCUGUCGAUGACUUCGCCGUCACUUGCGGUUCCUCUGGCAAGUAUUCUGAUACAAUAAAUAAUCGGACUUGGACCGGAGACAUAAGCUCUCAGUUAUUCUCUCUCACUGAAACCCUCAACAACAACCACUCCCUCACCGCCGACUCAACAGACAGCCAGAAACUCCCCUAUCGCACUGUUCGCCUCUCUCGCUCAGAAUUUUCCUACUCAUUUCCGGUGACCGCUGGCCAGAAGUUUGUUCGCCUCCACUUUUACCCAUCUUCUUACCUCGACUUCCAUCGUUCCGACUCUCUCUUCACCGUCCAAGCCGCAAACUACACCCUUCUUAAGGACUUCAACGCUUCACUUAACGCCGAUUAUGCCGCCGUCGAAACCAUUGUACGGGAAUACUGCAUCAACGUCGACCCAGGACAGAGGCUAAACGUGACGUUCACGCCCAACUCAUCUCAUCCGAAUGCCUAUGCUUUCGUCAACGGGAUCGAGGUUGUCUCGAUGCCGACCUAUCUUUAUUACACCAAACCUGACGACCUACAAACGAUGAAGCUAGAUGACAGCACCAAGCAGUUUCCGAUCGAAAACAGCAGUGCUCUUGAGACUGUGUACAGAAUCAACGUUGGCGGAAGCCAGAUACCAACCGAACAAGACACCGGCAUGUUCCGGCGUUGGUACGACGAUGUUCAGUACUUGGAGAUACUGCGUUCACAUAGUGUGUCAGCAGGCUUUGGUUUAAAGCCAAUCUACAAGGAUGAUCAAAAUUAUUUUGCACCUGAUGAUGUAUAUAUGACUGCUCGAAACUACGGCAUGAACCAAACGUCGGAAUACAAUGUUACAUGGCAUUUCGAGGUCGACUCAGAGUUCAUUUAUAUGGUGAGAUUGCAUUUUUGUGAGUUUGAUGACAAGAUUGAAAGUCUUGGAGGGAGAGUUUUUCAGAUCUUUAUAGCUGAUAAGUUGGUGGAGCGUGUUGCUGAUGUGUUCCAGUGGAGUGGGAGCCUGAAGGUUCCUGUACAUAAGGACUACGCGGUGUCGAUGUGGAACAUAGGAAUCUCGAAGAAGCUGAAUCUUUCAAUCAAGUUGCAGCCAAACCCGACAGCAAGGAGCAUUUACAGAGAUGUCUUACUGAACGGUAUUGAAAUUCUGAAAAUAAGUGAUCCAGCCAGUGGCAAUCUUGGAGGUCCCAAUCCUGAUCCACGUCCGUCUCCCUCAAUACCAAACAUACCAUCACCCACCAAAUCAUCAAAUAAAACAAGUGUAAUUCCCAUUAUCGUUGGGGUAGCGUCAGGCAUCGUUGUGCUAUCUCUUAUUGUUUUGUUGAUUAUCUGGCGACUGAAGACUAGAGUUCUGGUCAACGAAAGUAAUUCGUUGUGGGGACAGAGAUCAGUACAAUCGUCCGAAACAAACAAAUCACAAGGGUCAUCGUUGCCGUCCGAUUUAUGUCGCUGCUUUUCAAUAGUUGAGAUAAGAGCAGCAACCAAUAACUUCGAUGAUAUUUUCAUAGUGGGCGUCGGAGGGUUUGGUAAUGUCUAUAAAGGCUACAUUGAUAAUGGUACAGUUCCUGUGGCAAUCAAACGGCUCAAGCAAGGUUCACAACAAGGGCUCCGUGAGUUCCAAACUGAGAUUGAAAUGCUCUCUCAGCUUCGUCACAAUCAUUUAGUGUCUCUCAUUGGUUACUGCAAUGAUGGCAACGAGAUGAUCCUCGUCUACGAGUUCAUGGCUCGCGGGACCCUCCGUGACCAUCUUUACAAUUCUGACAAUCAUCCACUUUCCUGGAAACAAAGGUUGGAGAUGUGCCUUGGUGCGGCGCGUGGACUGCAUUACCUUCAUACUGGUGCAAACCACACUGUCAUUCAUCGUGAUGUGAAGACCACAAAUAUCUUGAUAGAUGAGAAAUGGGUGGCUAAGGUUUCGGAUUUUGGAUUAUCCAAAAUAGGACCCACAGGAAUGUCCAAGUCUCACAUUAGCACAGUGGUAAAAGGAAGUGUUGGUUACUUGGAUCCAGAAUACUAUAAGCGUCAAAGGUUAACUGAGAAAUCUGACGUUUACUCCUUUGGAGUUGUACUGCUCGAAGUACUUUGUGGGAGGCCUCCUUUGCUACGUAACGUGGAGAAGAAGAAAACAAGUCUAGUGGUGUGGGUUCGAAAAUGCCAUCGUGACGAUGUGAUUCAUCAAACUGUUGACCCUUUCCUGACAGAACGUAUCAAAUCAGAGUCCUUAAAAGCAUUCAGUGACUUGGCACUAAAAUGUUUGGUCGAUAAUGGGAAUGAACGACCUUCGAUGAACGACGUCGUGUGGGGCCUAGAGUUUGCGUUGCAGCUACAAGAAUGCACAGAGGAAUUAGUGGGGCUUGAAGGAAAAGGCGAGGAAAGGGCUCUGUUGGGAAAAGUGGCAAACGUGAAAGACAGUUUAGUAGUUUUCACGAGCAGUGAUGAAUCAAAAGGCAGCAGGUUGACUACUUCAAGCAGUGAAAAUCAGUCUUUAAUUUCUAAGUCAAUCUUCUCCGAGUUGGUUCACCCGACGGGUCGAUGAAGAGCAGUCCACUAUUAUAUUAUGGACCAUUGCUGUGCUGUGUGUGAAUGUGAUGGAUUUUCUUAUUUCGUUCAUUUCCAUAUCUAAUGACGUUGUAUGAUUGUAAGUCCGUUGCACAUUUCAAUUGUUCUGUUCUUUCGAUUGCUCACAACUAUUUCUGUCUGUAAAAACUAGUGGUGCACGGGGUUUCAAAUAAUAAAUUUAUUUUUAGAAGUCACAA